CUUUCUCCCGACGGGCGUAGCAGAUCUGCUGAGCAGCUAUAAGCGCCCAGACGAAGAUGGAGUCUUCCCUUUACGGAUUCCUCUCUCGCGUAGAGAAACGGCAGUCCCUCGAGGGGCCGGGGCUGCCCUCUGGAGACGUCAACAACGGCUACCCCUAUUCCCCCCUUCAGCAGGGAGGCAUCUUCAUCCUGUUCUUCUUUCCCGCCAUUGCCCUCGUUGUUAUCUUCUUAAGAGUUUACGGGAGAGUGAGAAGUAGGCAGUUCGGAUGGGAUGACGCUCUAGCAUGCUUAGCCAUGGCGUUCUCGGUCGCUGAGACUGGGUGUUCUUACAUGGCCAUGCGGACCGCCUUCCUAGGCGUCCACGUCUACGAUAUUCCGAUGGGCGCGGACGUUAGCCUCGGGAUGUUUUGGAACUACGUGAUCCAGAUCCUGUACAAUCCGAUCCUCGCCAUCGUCAAGUCUUCGGUCCUCGUGUUCCUACUGCGGAUAGGCGGGCAGCGGCGGAAGAUCAGAUACUCGAUCCACGCGCUCAACGUGUUCAACGUCGGGCUCAUGGUCGCCAUCUUUGUCACCGUAAUCUUCCAAUGCUCGCCCAUCCCCUAUUUCUGGCAGCGGAUCACAGACCCAACAUUGGAAGGGAGAUGCGUCGAUACCGGAAUAUUCUACGUCGCGACCGCCGGCUUGACAAUUUUCACGGACGUACUCGUCCUCGCCCUCCCGUUCUGGAUCUUCAUGGGGCUCAAAAUGGCACCCAAGGUCAAGCUAGCUAUCAUGGCCGUAUUCCUCCUGGGAGGGGUGGUUACCGUUGUCAGUAUCCUUCGGAUGCUGUGGAUCAUCGAGACUUCUCUUUACCCGAUGAAAUACGACUACUCCUACGAUAUCCGAUUCACGUACUCGGCGGUGGAAACGAACUUGGCAAUAAUCAGCGCCUCGGGGCCGGCCCUGCGGCCUCUGUUCAUGGUCUGGUUUCCCCGGUUCUUCUCUUCGCUCCGCGGCACAACCAACCCGAAUUACCGUUACCGCGAUGCUGCCUACGCACUGAACGACACGGAAAAUGCCAAGAAGUCCGCAACGAGAACGGGGACGCACGGGAAUAGCUCGAAGUCGGAGCAUACCUACACGCCGGCUUUCAUGCUCAAGGAUACCAAGAGACGGACAGAGAUACGGGGCCACUCGCCCACCGACAGCGAGGAGGAGAUCAUGACGUACAACGGCAUCGUACGGACGACCGAGGUCGACAUCCAGUACGGCGUAAAGCCGCCGCCGUCUCCCCGUGAAAAAUGAGGAAGGGGGUGUUAAGGGGGUGUUGUUAGCAGGGCUCUCUCUUUUCCUUCGAGGCCGAAGCCUGCUAGCGUGUACAUUAGGUGCGAU